GUCUGUCAAUGUCAAUGAUGUCAACUGUCAAUCACAAAUGAAUAUAGUCAUUAUUUAUAAAAAAAAACAAUUUCAGUAUUUUUUAUUUGUUUAAUCAAUUCAGUAUUCUCCGCAAGAAGCAAGUGAAAAUUAAUUACACAAAGAUGGGUUAUAAGGUGAUUGAACUCGGACGAAACAAUUUAUAUGAUCGUGUAAAUAAAUUAUUAGUUUCCUGUGAAUGGAGUGAUUGUAGUUUUUCAGUAUGUGGAAAAAAACUGAAAGCACAUAAAUUAAUACUAGGCGUGAGUAGCCCAGUUUUUGAAGCAAUGUUCUAUGGCCCAUUGUCCACCAAUGAUGAUAUCAUUAUAACAGACAUUGAACCGAGUAUAUUUCAGCUAUUACUUAAUUAUAUUUACACAGACAAAUUGGAUAUAGAUUCUAUAGAAGAAGCCUAUGAUGUGUUAUACGCCUCGAGGAAAUAUAUGUUGGAAAAUUUAACUGAUAUCUGUAUUUCGUAUAUACAAUCCAAUAUGGACAUUGAUAAUGUUAUAACCGUGUUAAACUAUCCUGAGUAUAUACAAGAUAAUCAACUAGUGUUAUCAGCAUUGAAACUUUUUUGUCAACAUGCAGACUAUCUAUUAAAAGAGAACAAAAAAUACAUUAGUCUUACAUGCAUGCAAAAAAUCCUCAACUGCAAUGAAAUGAAUAUUUCUGAAAAAGAUCUCAUACAAGAAGUUUUUGAAUGGACGAAACACUACUGUGACCAGAAUAAUGUUGAAAGUGAUUUCCAAAACAGGAGGGACGUGCUGAUCAAAUGUGGCCUUUUGAAAAAGCUACGCUUAUUUACUUUGUCUAUGGCUGAUAUUGAGGAAAUCAAAGGUUGUCAAUACAACCUGCUAAUACAUGAUGAAAUUGACGAUUUGAAACAAGUGGUAAGAGGUUCUGGGAUUAUGACUAAUAAAGUCAUAAGUACAUUUGACACAAAGAUAAUACCAAGAAAUGCUUUGAAAUUGCAUUGGUGUUUGUGUCAUCGUGCACCUAUUCGUUCUGAGUCACCCAUAGUUGUAGACCCAGUGUAUAACUCCACUGUGCACACCAGAGUGAGGGCUAACAAAUCAACAUUUAUCAAUUCACUAAAUGUCCAAUCGAGGAUGGCACCAGUGUGUAAUCAAUUCAACACAAAUGUAUACUUUGAACAGUUCACUAUUUCAGUUACAUGUGAAUUGAGUAAGAAAAUAAUUAGUACAUUUAAUUUUAAAAGGAACAUAGAAUAUGAUUCCAACAUUGAAGUUAAAUUUAUUAAACCUCUGCUUUUUAAAAAGAAUUUAUGGUACAAUAUAAGCAUUAAAUGGCCACAGCUGAAUAGAUAUUCUUUAUAUGCUGUAGAGAGCAGAGACAGUGGUUACAAUAAUGGCAAAAUCAAGUUUGAAUUUGAAGACUUGACCAAGAAUGGUGGUAGCUUUCUGAGAGCUGUAAAAUUUUGCAUAUAAGUAUUUGCAAAAUUUACCCCACAUAAGAAUAAUUUAUGAAACUCAUGUUUAAUUGGGGUUAUCAACUUUCAAUAGUGUUAUCAUUAAAAUGUCACUUCAUUUUCACUUCAAUUUUUGUCUAAUGCACCUUGGCAAUAAAAAUGUAACUUAUUGUAACUGUAUUGUGAUAAUAAUACAAUUUAAAACAACUUGUUUACCCAACAGCAUAAUACUUUAUUUGUAACUGGUUUAUGUGACAUGUUUUAGAUAUAUUUAUUGCAAUAAUUUUCAUUAAAUAACAAAGAUAAAGUAGGAAAGUAGAUGUUAAAUAUGCACCUAAUUUAAAAGGUAAAUUGGUAUAGCUAUUCUAUUUUCGGAAGACGGUUUGGCUUUUGCUUUGGGUUUAGUAGUACAUGUUUAAGACAGGUAUUUGUGUGUACAGUAGCAUAGUAUAUAAAACAGGAACAUGUUUAUAAGUAAGCAACUGUUUUUGGUAAAUUGGAGUUACAUUAUUUCAAUGGGAUGGUGUGUUCCCCUCAAAAUAAUGUGUUUGCAUUCCUUUAGUUUAGCUGACGCCCGCAACUUCGUUUGCGUGAAAUUCUUUUUUUCACAAAUGAGAGUAGCCUAUGUUCUGCUCAAAGCUCCAGUUUAUCUCUGUACUAAAAUUCAUCAAAAUCGGUUCAGCUAUUUAGAUAUGAAAAGGAAACACGUAACGGUAUUAAUAAAAUAUAUUUAAGCGAAAGGUCACUUUUAUUUUAGAUUAUAAAUGCGAAAUAUCAAAAAUUGCUUGACAUCCAAAGACGAAAUUUGGUAGAGAGGUAUGUAGGUAAUAGUAGAAUUUGAGAACAGUCGCGAGAGUCAACUAGUAUUAGUGUGGACACACAAACGCGUUUGUUCUGUCUUACUAUACCCACACCCGUCUUCUGGAAAUAGAUUAUCUUUAUUUGGAUAUAGGUAGCACGUAUGGGUACGUAAUAUUAAUUGGGGAGUCUGGUCUAUUUGUAAUGUACUACGUAUUAAUAAUUUUAGGUUUACACUCAUAAGAAUUGCAUUUACUAAAAUAAUUCCCUCAUUUUACAUUUUAUUUAUUGAAUAGUAAUGGAGCAUUAGGUUAGGUAAGUAUGCAGCACAAUGGCAACACGCAAUCCAAACAAAUCCAAAAAGCAAAUCACGUAUUGGAUGUUGUGUGUAUAAAAUUAGCAUGUUGCCAAUGUGUACCCAACUUAUCUAUAGGUAUCUUCUUAUAAAUACUUUAACUAAAAAUCUCUGACAUGUGAAUCUAAGUAUAUCAGUAUUCCUGUGGUAUGUAAUUAAAUUAUAUUAACAAGCAUU